UAAUUCACAAUUGUUAACAUACACUGCAGCACACUCAUAUGGUGGAAGACUUUCAAUAGGACAAGACAAAUAUUUUUAUUUAUUCAGUUAAAAACUCCCUCUUCAUUCCCUGGGAUAUAAAAGAGGAACUAAUAAAAGUGAUCAAAUUAUUUGCAGCCGUAGUUUAGCUGAACUCUUGAAAACGUGCUGACUGAAGAAUAUUAUAAAUCUUCUAUUAACAACAACAAAAUAAACCAGCAUUUAACAUGUCUAAAGUAACAUUUAAAAUUACUUUAACUUCCGAUCCCAAAUUACCCUUCAAAGUUCUAAGUGUUCCCGAGGGCACCCCUUUUACAGCAGUACUGAAAUUUGCUGCCGAAGAGUUUAAAGUUCCUGCAGCUACCAGUGCUAUUAUCACUGAUGAUGGAAUUGGCAUUAGUCCUCAACAGACUGCGGGUAAUGUUUUCUUGAAGCAUGGUUCAGAACUACGUCUUAUACCUAGAGAUCGCGUUGGACAUUAGAAGUAGGUUAACCAUGGUAUUGAUAGCUUAUUAUCCCAUUCGCUCAUAAUUGUGUGUAAAUUUUCAUAUAAUAUUUUUUUAGUAAUCAUAUAACAAUAAAGCAAAAAAUAAUGAACCUAUCAGUAGGGCCAGUA